AUGGCCGCGCACGCAAGAGGCUCGCCCAGCGUGUCCAGCCGGGAUGCGGACGCGGACGCCAGAGAGGCGGAGAUCCUGUCGCAGCAUCUGCAUCCGCAGUUUACGGGCGCCCUGCACGAGGAAUCGCCUCGCCCGCCAACCGAGCGGUCCAAAGCCCAGUCGCCCCCGAACGCCGCCGCAUCUCCCGAACCCCAAUCCUCCUUGACGCUGCAAGGGGGCGACGUCCAUCGAGACCUUUAUCGCAUCGAAGCGCGGUCGAAGCAGGCACGCCUGUCGCGACGACCCGCCAGCUAUUCUUGCCCGCAACGCGAACCGGAGGAUGUCGUCGAGGAAGGCGUGGUCGCCAUGGAACCGGGGAGUUUUCGACGCCACUUCGUCCAGCAUCACAACGGGCGGCUGGACCAGCCUGGCCUGACCCCAUCCUUCCUCGACUUCCUCGAUCUCUAUGGGAACUUUGCCGGGGAGGACUUGGAGGAAUCGGAGGACGAAUCGAUCGACCGGGGUCGACCGAGGACGGAGCGGACGCCGCUGCUGGCCACCCGCCGUCGCUCGCGGGGAGCGCGGCCGGGGGAUGCUUCGGAGGUGAAGACGUUCUUCACCCUGCUGAAGGCCUUUGUCGGGACGGGCAUCAUCUUCCUGCCACGGGCCUUUCGCAACGGCGGCAUUCUUUUCUCCUCCAUCACGCUGGUGACCGUGUCAGGCAUCAGCUCGCUCUGCUUCCACCUGCUGCUGCAAUGCCGACGACGCUAUGGCGGCGGAUAUGGCGACCUCGGGGAGCAGAUCGGCGGGCCACAACUGCGGUCGCUUAUUCUGGGGUCCGUGGUCAUCUCCCAGAUCGGGUUCGUGUGUGCCUGCAUCGUCUUCACGGCGGAGAACCUGCACGCCUUUUUCAUGGCCAUGACCCGGGACCAUCCGACGUGGGUCAUCACCACCGGCGCCCUGAUUGCGGUGCAGCUGAUGGUGCUGAUCCCGUUCUCGUGGAUCCGGAACAUCUCUAAACUCGGGCCCGUCGCGCUGCUGGCAGACGUGUUUAUCUUGCUGGGACUCGCUUACAUCUAUGCCUACGACGUCGUGACGCUGGCCGCCCAGGGGGGCAUGGCGCCCACGGUCGAGCUGUUCAACCGCAGCUCGUUCACGCUGACGAUCGGGUCGUGCAUCUUCACCUUCGAGGGCAUCGGGCUGAUCCUCCCGAUUCAGUCUUCGAUGAAGCGGCCGGAGCACUUCAACCGGCUCCUGUACGCGGUCAUGGCGAUCAUCACCGUCCUCUUCACGGCGGUCGGGGCCCUGACCUACGCCACCUUCGGCGCGGACACCAACACCGAGGUGUUCAGCAACCUCCCGCAGACGGACCGCGUGGUCAACGCGAUCCAAUUCCUCUACGCGGUGGCGAUCCUGGUCAGCAGCCCCAUCCAGCUGUUCCCGGCGGUGCGGAUCAUGGAGGGGAAGCUGUUCGGGUCGGUGUCGGGCAAACGCGACCCAUCGAUCAAGUGGAAGAAGAACGUGUUCCGGACGGGGGCGGUGCUGGGAUGCGGGAUGGUGGCGGCGCUCGGGGCGGGGGAUCUGGACAAGUUCGUGUCGCUGAUCGGCUCGUUUGCCUGCGUGCCGCUGGUCUAUAUCUACCCGCCUUACCUGCACUGGCGGGGGGUAGCCGAGUCGCCUUGGGUGCGGCGGGGGGAUCUGCUGAUGAUGGCGCUGGGGGUGGUGUUCAUGUUCUAUACGACAGGGUCCACCGUCUCCGCGUGGAUCCAGGGAGGGUUGUGA